UGCAGACGCCGCCGCCCCAAAGCCGCCCGAGACUAGCCAUGGUGAACCCCACCGUGUACUUCGACAUCGCCGCCGACGGAGAGCCCCUGGGCCGUGUCUCCUUCGAGCUGUUUGCAGACAAGGUUCCAAAGACGGCAGAAAACUUCCGUGCUCUGACCACCGGGGAGAAGGGAUUUGGUUAUAAAGGUUCCUGCUUUCACAGAAUUAUUCCGGGAUUUAUGUGCCAGGGUGGCGACUUCACACGCCACAAUGGCACAGGCGGCAAGUCCAGCUAUGGGGAGAAAUUUGAGGAUGAGAACUUUGCCCUGAAACAUACAGGUCCUGGCAUCUUGUCCAUGGCAAAUGCCGGACCGAACACAAACAGCUCCCAGUUU